AAAUCACAAGGUUUUUAUAAACUCGUCAGAGAAUUUGAACACUGUUUUUCGAAGGCCGUUGCUAUUGGAUCCAAACGCGCGCCUUUGCUAACUGCUGCAUGACUUACGAAAAUUGUCCAAGGAAAGAUGAGGUUGAGUCCUAUCUUAGAGAGCAUAAGAUCAAUGAAAUGUUUCAGAAUUUAACUUCUCUGCUGUUUUUUCACCGUCCAGAAAAUCCAAAACAAUUCUUAGCUGAACAACUGCAUUUAUUAAAAGCUGCACGUGAUGAAUACUCUGACCCGCCAUCAUUAUUUACUGAAGCUAAUGCCGAGUCAAUAUUCAAUAUGCUUGAUCCGUGUGAAAAGAACGCUGUCACUGUAGACAGAUAUCAACAUGCCUUAGAAACACUUGGUAUUCAACAGUAUGAUAAGAAAGUCGCCGAAGAUCCAGCUGAAUUGAUCAGUAAAGAUGUGUAUAUGAAAGAAGUUAAAACGGGUUUAAAACAAUUGGCGUCAACCUAUAAAGCUAUUGAACAUUGAAUCGGAAAAUCGGAGGGAGAUUUAUUCUAUGUUGACUGCUCAAAACACCAUUACUACGAAUAAUAAUAAACGUUGAGAAAGGCCUCUACAAAGUAUCAAUC